UUUAAUUACCACUAAUUUUCUCUAUCUUCCAUUGAAUAAAAUUUUCUUGAAUGUUUGUCAGCGUUGAGGGGUAGGCGAGGAUAUUUCGCACAGCCUUCUACUCUGGCCCAGUCAACCAUGCACUCUGCUAUUUACUUCAACGCGGCUGUAUCAUUCCUCUAUAUCUUCUUCUUCUUGUGAUGAUUGGGUAGGCUGUUUUGCUCAAAGAGAAAAUGCUGAUCCAAACACACAUUCGUUGCGGAGUCCUGGUUCUAAUUUGUCUCUGUUUGUGGGGCUUUACCCGUGCUACAAAAUGUGUUCCUGAAAAGUGUGGUUCCAUGAAUGUGAGUUACCCAUUUUGGAUUCACAAUCCUGAUUGUGGAUACCCUGGUUUUAAUAUUACAUGCAUGAGGGAUGAAGAUACUGGGAUGAUGGCUCUAUUUCUUCCUACCUACAAGGGUAAAGAUGUUGAUACUCUAAAUCUGACAUAUUAUAAAAUUAUGGAUAUCGAUUAUACGGGUCACCUUAUCAUGAAUUCGACUUCUCUCAGACAGCAGUCGUGUAAUAAUGGCAAUAGUCCUGCAGAGUUAUUUCAGGUCCCUAAACUUGGGCCUUUUAGCAUCUCCAUGUCUAAUAAGUUCGUGGUUAUUGGUUGCAACACAUUCGGUACCUUCACGUUUGGGAAAUGGGGAGAGGCUAGAUGUGUAUCAACAUGUGACCCUCAGAAUGAAUCUUGGACGUUGAAGAAUUUCUUAAAAAGUGCUCCAUAUUGUCGCCAUGGCUGUUGUGAAAUUACACUUCCAAAUAACUGGUACUGGAUAAAUUUCACUGGUGGAGGUGUGUUUUAUUUAAAUGGUGAUGAAAAAUGUGGCUUCUCCACCGUAUUGGAUCCCUCCACCUUCCACGUAUAUAACAAUAAAACAAGCCUAUUUUGGGGAGAUGGGCUGAAGGCUUAUUAUGGUCUCCACCUUAACUGGGGUAUCGGCGAAGAUAAUUGCUCCAUGGCUAAAGAAACUGGUAAAUAUUCUUGCUCCAUCGACGCAGAAUGCAUUGACUCCCCUUCACCUAGGGGGCACGUAUGCAAAUGUCAUCCUGGGUAUGAAGGAAAUGGUUACUCUAAAGGCACAGCAUGCACAGACAUAAAUGAAUGUAGUCAUACAAACACGAAUGUGUGUUGAACAAGAGGAUGGAGGAAUAUGCCAGAAUUUGCCAGGUUCCUACAAUUGUUCGUGUGCAAAGGGAUACAAGGGAGAUGGCUUUCAAAACGGGACAAGAUGUGCAUCCAAAAGCUCUAACGACCUCAAAUCUGCAAUCAUAGGCUCUGUUUCUUCAUUUGUUGGAGUUUCUAUGGUAGCUUCUGGACUAUUUUGGUGGUGGAGCAUAAGUCGUUUGAAAAAUGCGAGAAAGAAGAACUUCGAGCAGAAUGGCGGAGAAGAGUUGGAAAAGCUGCUCGUUUCCAUGGGAGGGAAACAAAGUUUCAAACUGUUUUCUGAAAGAGAGCUGGAAAUAGCUUCCAAAAAUUAUUCAAUAAAAAUAGGGAAAGGUGGCUUUGCAACUGUCUACAAAGGAGUUCUUCAGGACGGCACACCCAUAGCAAUUAAAAAAGCCGAAUCAAUUUCAAACAAGGAGUUCAACAACGAAAUUGUAAUUCUGUCCCAUAUUAGUCACAGGAAUAUAGUGCGAUUGCUUGGUUGUUGUUUGCAAACCAAAUCUCCAUUGGUUGUAUAUGAAUUUGUGCCAAAUGGGACAGUUUUUGAGCAUCUACAUUCCAAAGAAAAGGAAUUGUCCUGGGAGACAAGGUGGCAGAUUGCCAUGGAAACGGCAGAGGCGAUGACCUAUAUGCAUGAUCAAGCUUCUCACGGCAUUUUCCACAGAGACAUUAAAUCUUCAAAUAUUCUGCUGGACAACACAUUCACACCAAAAGUAGCAGACUUUGGCAUUUCUCGGCUACGCCCUUCAGAUGAUGAACACUUGAGCACCAUGCAUUCCUGUGGCACUCCAGGCUAUGUGGAUCCUGAGUUCAACAAUACCAACCAGUUUACAGAUAGGAGUGAUGUUUUCAGCUUUGGUGUAGUUUUGGUGGAGCUUCUCACGGGUUUGACACCAUUGGUGUCUACUGAAGGAUCUCCCCGUUAUCUGUAUGACCGAUUCCUCUCUGCCAUUAAUGGCAACUGUCUCACUAAUAUUUUAGAUCAUAAAGUGAUGAAAGAGGAAAACCAAGGGCAAAUGGAAAAUAUGGCAAGGUUAGCACAAGAAUGUUUGCAAAAAGAAGCAAAAUCAAGGCCGUCGAUGAGAGAGGUAGUGGAGAAACUUUAUUGGAUAAGAGUCGCCACAAAACAGCCAAGGCCUGUCGAGCACACCAGUGAUCUAUACCAGACUGCGCUAAACUAUCAUACUUUGCCAAGUACCAGUGAUAAUGCAAAGGAACAUUAUUACAGCGUAGCAUCUUGUUCAACAAACAAUUCAGAUUGUCCCACCACUACAUUCUUUCAGAUUGAGAUGUCAGAUAAGCAUGCUCGAUGAUUAAAGCAAUUCACGACCAAACAAGCAAACAAGGCAAGGCAUUCUAAAUUUCGUUUUUCUUUGUAACUGGAAAAUGGCUCCGUCUCUAGCGAUUUGCAUUUGAUUACAAUUAUAUAUGUUUUUUCUAGUAGCAGGCGUUCUCUACCUAGUUGAUUGAAAAGUAGGUCAUAUCUUAUUAUCCUGGUGUGAUGCAACAAAUCAUAUUUACUCCAGUUAUUUCUUAUUUCAUGCAAUAUAUAUGCAUGCUUGUAUUUUAUAAACAACAGCUACUGCAGUUAGGACAUGUUUCGUCUCCCAUUAUAGUUACAUUUUGAAGUGUCCGAAUGUACAAGAAGGGUAUGAUUGGUGCAAGGGAAAAAGUUGUAACUACGCACAAUCUAAGUGCAAAUAAAUGCAUGUUUUUUUAUAUAA